AUGCAAUAUGAGGAAGACGGCAGCGGCGGCGGACGCAACCGUCGUUCCAGCAGACAAGCGGUCUACUACCUAGGGAAUUGUCUCGGGAAAUGUGGUAAAGAAUGUGUAUGUAUCGCACGCUACUUUCUCUGCGACCGCUUUUGGAUUAUUUUUGCUCUACUUGGCAUUACUGUUUCUGCUGUGGUCAUUCGAUUCGCUACGUAUGCUCCAGUAGAAGACAUGUACAAGAGUACUUACCAAGAUCAAAUUCCUGUUGAAACAUUAUCAACCAUCUUCUGUGACAGUGUUCAAGUCCAAAACGAAGACAAUUAUGGUUUCAUGUACCUCCACGUCUUUCCACACACUCCACCUCUCACUCUUUGGCAAACAUUCAAUGUGACUGAAGACUUGACAAUCGCUCCAAACGCUUUUAGUUACAGUUAUUUCUACAUGAGUCAGCAAUCCCAAGUCAAUGUUGAGCUAUGUGCUCAGCCAAGUAUAUCGUUGUACGUGAUCAGGGGUAGCAACAAUUUCCAGUUUUGGAAGCAUGAAUAUGAUGGUUACUUCGUUUUUCACAACCGUUAUUCUGGUCCAUGUUUGAAUGGCACAAAUGGUUUCGCUUCCAUUGAUGUCGGAUCCAACGAUGACUAUUAUUUUUUUGCGAUCAAAAACGACAACUUGGUAAACAAGACAGACAUCAACAUGACACUGGCUUUCAAUCGUACCAUGCACAACAUCUCAGCAAUGUCUGGAAAAGCAUGUCAUGUCAAUCCAACUUGCUCUCUUCCUCUUAGCUUUGCAUCAAGUCAGUUUGCUUUGAUAGUUACAAACGGCACUGUAUAUUUCGAUAACCAGUUUAACAGUAAGUCGACAUGUAGCCCUCGUAACUGGUUCUAUGGUGUAGUGUUUGUUCUUCCGGCUGGACUUUUGAUUGCGAUAACUAUCGUCAUCUCUAUCAAGCGGUAUAGGCAAAAAUCUACUGGAGAGUCAGCACCACUGCUGCCUAAAUCCAAUUCCAAAAAGGAUGUACUAGAUGAUUCACAUCCAAACGUCCAAGAAACCAAUGAGAUGUGA